AUGGCCGAUAACAGACAGCCCUCUGAGCCAGUUCACUCUGCCGAGGUCUCGCACGUCGAGGAUCCGACGGCCCGCCUCGCAGCGGCGGAGAAGCAUGAUGAUAUCCAAGCAGUGCCCGACGACAAUGGGCAGACUCGCCACGGCAAGGCCGGCUUAGCCGUCAUUGAGCAGCGCCAUGCCAUUCCGUCCACGGGCAAACGUAUCACCACGAGCAAGUGGGAAUACAUCACGUUCUGCAUCUUCUACUUCUCCCUCAACGGAGCACCGAUCGGGGGCAACGGCGGCGCCUUGAGGCAAGCCCUCGUCAACCAGCAGUUCCCCGACGGCAACGUGCACUGGGCCGGGCGUGUGUUCCCCAUCAACAGCUUCCUGCUCGACAUCACCGGCAUCAUGUUCGCGUGCCAGCUCGCGCUGCUGCUCGUCCUCGGCCCGUACGCCGACUACGGAAAAUGGCGGCCGUGGAUCAUGAUUGUUGGUCAAUGCACUCUUUACGUAAUGCAAUUCGCCAUGUGCGGCAUCACCAGGCCAGGACAAUGGCAGGCCGCCAACGCCCUCUUCGUCGUCGGCUCCCUAGCCGCCAACAUCGUCAACUCCUUCUACGCCGCCACCUUCCCGGGCAUCGUGCGCGACCUGCCCAAGCUCAUCGAGUCGGAGAAGGAGGUCAAGGCGGGCCGCAAGUCGCCCGAGGCGCACGCCGAGCUCGACUCGUACGAGCGCUCGCGGCUGUACAACCUCGUCAACAUCACCGGGUCCGCGCUCGUCAUCGUCUCGUACGCCAUCGCCGUCGGCAUCUCGGCCGGCAUCGGCUUCGACACGCCCUCCAAGCUCAUCCACUCGUACAACGUGCUCAUGGGCUACUUUGGCGCCAUCACCGUCGCCUGCACGGUGCCCUUCUUCCUCGUGCACAAGCACCGCCCCGGCCAGCAGCUGCCCGCGGGCUCCGGGUUCAUCACGGCGGGGCCCAAGCAGGUGUGGUCGGCGCUCAAGUCGGCUGUGAACCUGAAGCAGUGCUUGCUGUACCUGCUGGCAUAUUUCCUGCUGCAAGAGAGUGCUGGAACUGCGGGCUCCGUCACGGGCAUUCUCCAGAACGAGGUCAUCCACUACUCGCCCCUCAAGCUCAGCGCCAUGCUGCUCGUGGCCGACCUGUCCGGAGGCCUGGGCACCGUGUUCAUGUAUUUUCUGCAGAGAAAGGUGCGCUUCUCGGUCAAGAAGGGCGUCUUCUAUGGCGCGUGCAUGACUCUCGGCCCGUCGAUGUGGGGAGCCAUCGGCUACUUCACCAAUACGAUCGGGUAUCACCACGACUGGGAGGUAUGUGCCGAACCCCAACAAACACCUUGUGCGAAUUCCUGGCUGGCUGACAUCUUUUCCUUUAUCUUGCAGUUCUGGGUCCUCCAAGUCUGGAACUUCCAGACCGCCGCUUGGGGCUCAUACCAAGUGACCAUGAUCUCCGAGGUCGUGCCGCAUCCAAAGGCCUACAUGUUCUUCGCACUGUUCAACACGGUGAGCAAGACGUCGAGCUUCAUCGGGCCCUUCAUCUCGUCGGCCAUCAUCGAGAAGGCGGGCCACACCAACGCCGCCUACUGGUUCCUCUUCCCCGUGGGCAUCAUCGGCGUCUUUACGCUGUACUGGGUCGACACUGACCGGGCCAAGAUUGACAAUGCCAAGUAUCUCGAGCGCGAGGCGGCGGAUCUGUACACAGCCGAGCAGCGUGACAGAGCAAAGGCUGAGGAGAUUGCCGAGGGUAUGGAGAAGGAGGUCAAGAUGUAG